AUGGCAGCAGACAGCAACACGGCCCCUGAAGAGAAGCCGAACACGACUCCUGUGAAAAGAGCUGUCCACAAGAUCCGAACCGCCAGCCUUGUCUUCAGCUUAGCUCGAGGAUGGCAGCAGUGGGUAAGUGACCGCAAUGUAAAGCAAGCCCAAGAACCCCCUGGGUGGGUCCCCACUGCAGGAGAUGUAUCAGCUCAGCCAGUGCAAGAAAGACACUCUGAAAAAUGGCCAGUUCCAUCUACCAAGAGGGACGAUGAAAAACCCUCAGCAAAUGAACUGGUGGCAAGAAAUGCUGAAAAAAGGUCAAGAGAAUCUGAUGAAGCCCUUAAAAAGUUCAACAUUAAAAGCAAAGAGGUGCUGAAAACUGUUGUAAGCAAAGCCUAUGAACGAGCAAGUGAUGUUAGCCUCCUCAGUGGCAGAUAUGAGAACAACCACGGCGGCUCAGAGACGACCAAGUUCAAAGAAGAAUCAAAUGGUAUCGACAAAAUUCUUAAUGGGAAAUUAUCUCCCACUAUAAGGAGAAAAUGUUCAAACAGAGUAUCAGACGCCAUUGAGGGCUUUAAAGAGAAGGACAAAUUAGGAACUAGGGAAGAACUGCUGUUGAAGUGCCACGAUGACAGCAUGGAUGCAGAAGACAGUGGCUAUGGGGAAGCAGAAGACAGACUUGAGCCAGAGGUGAUCCCUGUGAAGGUCAAACAACCAUCUCUCAUGAACAAGUGCAACGAAGAAAGAAGCAUCAAAGCUCAUAGGAAGUACAGUCCCGUUAGCAGCCUGAAGAACAGAUGGCAGGAAUGGGCAGACCAGCACAUCAUAACGCAGAAGCUGAAUCCCUUCAGUGAAGAUUUUGACCACGAACUGGCCAUGUCCACACGCCUGCACAAAGGAGACAAAGGCUACGGCCGGCCCAAGGAAGGCACCAAAACCGCUGAAAGGGCCAAGAGAGCAGAGGCUCACAUUCACAGGGAGAUUAAAGACCUGUGUUUCAUCAUUAAAACCAUGGCUGAGCCACGGAGUGACGGCAAGAUCCAAGUCACUUUUGGAGAACUCUUUGAGAGAUAUGUUCGUAUUUCAGAUAAGGUUGUUGGGAUUCUCAUGAGAGCCAGGAAACAUGGGCUGGUGGACUUUGAGGGAGAAAUGUUAUGGCAAGGAAGGGAUGACAACGUCAUAAUUACAUUAUUAAAAUAA